CUUAACAUAUGUAACAGCUCAGAGAGUGGUGGCCCUUAACAGGUGGACAGCAGCAUCAAGUAUGGCGACUCUGGUGGAUAAAGUUAAUAUGGUCCUGACCAGCUCUGGCAUGAGACCCAUCACUAGGGACAACCUCUUGUAUUAUUAUGCUCCCAUCAAGGGUUCUCUCUCCUAUGGUGUGCUCAGUGUUCAGAUGUUCAACCCGGAGUUGUUUGAGAACUUUAAGUUCCUGGUAAUUCCUCAGUGGCCACUUGAUUCCCCGUCGUCAUUUACACAAGCUACUCCCAAGGAAAAAUUUAUUUACUGCACUUUUGGGACAGUGAUGUUUAAUCUUGGAUCAAUGCUGCUAUGGGCAUUGGGUCGCACUGUAGCACCAGAGAAUACAGUCGUGCGCACGAUGAUGGGUGCUGCUGGGGCAGUUGGAGCUCUGUAUAUUGGCAAGAAUUAUGUAGCUUACCUAGAUGCUCAUGUCAGAACUGUCAAAGCCUAGAUAAUGUUACCAAAAUUUGAUUUCACAAUGCUCCUUCAGUAGUGCUUCCAACAAAGGAAGAAUUUUAUAGCAUUAAUUACUGUGAAUACAAGAGCUUUAGUACCAAAAAUUUUGAAGUUUAAAAAUACAUAUACUGUAUAUAGGUGUAUAUAUAUAUAUAUUUAUAUACAUACUCUUUAUUGCUCAUUAAAACAGGUGAAAUGAUUACAAUAUUGCAAGAAUGUUACUUUAGGUAAAUUCCAAGCACAGUGUUUAUUGUCGUUGUAUAUAAAUGUCUGAAUGGGAUUUUCAUAUAAACUAGUGUGAUCACAGACCUGUGUGAGGGUGUAAUAUUCUUAUGGAUAUAAUUUUUGGCUUCCGAAAUUUUUUAUUUGAUCUCUCGUAAUAAUUCAUGUGACAGUGACUUGCUAAAUCUCUUCAGAAUUUUCAUCAUCAGUGUUAAUGUUAUGUGAAGAGAAUAUUUAUAAUCAUCUACAGCAUAUAACAAAGAAUAGCACAAUUAGUUUUCAUCAAAAUAUUUUGUUACAUUAAAAGUGUUCAGUGUUACUAUUUUGGUAUGCAUUUUUAGUAAAGCAUUUAUAGGAAAUAUGAAAUAUAUUAUUAGUUGAGUGCUCAAGUUAUUUUCCAUUAAUGGUGCCCUCUGUAACUUAGAUAUUGCUGAUUAUAUUAGAUGUUGCUGCUAUAAUUUGAGAUAUACACUACAGCUAAGGAUAAGAGAGUAUUAUUUGCAUCAUUCUUAUCAAUGGAUUUAUUGUACUGAUAGUCACAACUCAAGGUGAAAAGAUAAUUUAAGAGUACUGUACAAGAAAAUUGUCAGAAAUUUUUACAAUUGGUUUAUUACUGGGACAGAUUUAUGACUUUGUUCUACCCAUGUUCCUUUUGUUGCUGGUCGGAGCAUCGUAUGUGUGCUGGCAGGUUAGCAAAGCAUGCACAAAUAGUACUGUACUAAUAAAAGUUAAUAGACUUUUAGAUUUUAAUAUAAUGAAACUAUAACCUCAUCACUUUUAUUAGAUAUGAGGAAAACAGGAGUUAAUUAUAACCUUUAUCAUCACAUGCAUGUAAAUAUAGAGCCAUUAUUAUUCUGUAUAGAAGAUGGCUUCACUGCUGCUGUAUAUUGGCAGUUUUUAACUAUUCACUGUAUACUAUAACAAAGAAUAUUGGUGUUAAAUAGUCUUAAAUGCUUUUCAUAAAAUUUGACAGUAUGUGUACUAUUUGUGGUUGAAAAAUUCUCUCUUAUUCCAGUGUUUAAAUAUAACCCAUAUAAACACUGAUCAUUUUAUAAAUUACUAUAUUUUAAAAAAAUUAAUCAUGAGGCAGGAAGCCCAGAGGAUUUAUUUAUAUGAUCUUUUAAAUAUAACUAAGACUAUUUGUUUAUUCAACUAUAUUAAUAAUAAUUUGCUUAUUAAUACAAGCAACAUUAAUCUACUAUGCCAAUUUCCAUGAAAUUUUGAUUAGUGAUUGUUUUGAAUGAUCAUCCAUGUUUAUUUACUACAGUAUUGAUGGAUCAUAUUUCAGCAUGAUUGUAUUUAAAAAAAAAUUGCUCUGAUAACGUGUAUGAGAAAGAACUUUAUCCACAGAGGCAAACAAAGGAAUGUCUUAAGAGCAAAGUGGUAUCAGUACAAUUCCACCAAUACUUAUUAUAUGGGUGAGAACCAUGUAACAAGUGUUGGUUUUUGAACAUUGCAGCAAGGAGAAGGUUGGAGACAGUGGAGAUAUGUUUGAGAGCAAUGUGUGGUGUGAAUAUUAUGCAGAGAAUUCACAUCUUAGUGUAGUGUUUUGGGGUUACUAAAAAGUAUUAUUCAAAAGAGAGGAGGGGUUGUUGAGAUGGUUUGGACAUAGAGAAAGAGUAGAACAGAAUUGGAUGACUAGGAGGGUACAUAAAUCUGGGGUGGAGGGCAGAGAGAAGAAGGGUUCAUCCCAGGUAGGAAUGGAGGGAAGUAGUAAGGAAAGUUUUGAGUGCUAGGCUCUUGGACAUUAACAGGCAUGUUAGAAAGGAGUGCAUGGAUUCUGUGAUUUGAUGUGCUGUUGGAGUGUGAGCAAGGUAACAUUUAUGAAGAGAUUCAAGGAAAGUGGUUAGCUGGACUUGUGUUGUGGAGGUGGGAAAUACAGUGCCUACACACUGAAGGAAGGGUGGAGAUGUUGCAAUUCAAAGGGUUAUCCGAGCUGUUGAUAUCAGUAUGCUUCUGACAAGACAGUGACUGAGUGAAUGAUGCUGAACUUGUUUCCAUUUUUGGGUCAGUCUGUUUUGCUGGGAGACAGGUAUUGUAAAAAAAAAAAAAUUAUUUAUUUAGCUAUAUUUUCUUACAAGUGAAGCAAUAUUUGUCACCAAAUACUUAUAAAUGGGAUCUAUUUAAGGCUGAAUGAUUUUCUAAGAGAAUGGUUGCUGAAUUUUUUAAGUAUUUUAUUAAGUAAUGCUCUAUCCUAAAUAUAUAACUAGUGAAUCUCAUUUGUUACAGAAAACCAUUGGUGUAAAAAAAUUUUAUUUAAUAUAGAUGAUAUAUAAAUAACUGAUGAAGUAAAAUCUUUUGAAAUUAGCUGUAAUUUUUUUUAUAAUGGCAGUACUGUACCUCUGAAUUAUCUUGGGCAUUUUCUCCAAUUGUUAUUAAGAACAAUUUAUAAAUGUUUGAUAAUUGGAGUUAGCAUAUAUAUUGAUCUUCACUAACAGUAUUCAUAUAUUUUGGAAGUUUUAAUAAAAGUUGUACACCAUAAAAACUGUCUUGUAGCUGUAUAAAAUAAAGCUUUACUUAAAUAUU